GAUAUGUCAAAAAAUAUUACCUGUAAGUUUCUAAUAAGAUAGAAGAUGCUGAUAAGAGAGUUCUGACUUCAGCUUUGUGUUUGCAACCCUGUGCCACAGAGCACAGCUGAAGAGAGAAUGCAUUUAGUGACUGUUAAUUUGUUUACGUCUAGAUCUAGAAAGCAGGUGUAUGUGCACAGUGCCUUUGACUUGCUCUCAAGGCUUUUUAAGCUGAAGGCAGCUUUGAGCUGUGUUUGAAACUCAAAUAUGAGAAGAAGUUGGCACCUGCCCUGAACUGCACCUAUUGGGUCACAACAACCCCAUGCAAUGACACAGGCUUGGGGAACAGUGGCUGGAAAGCUGUCUGGUGGAAAAGGACUUGGAGGUGUCGAUGUCAGCCAGCUGAAUACCCUGCUCAAAUCUGCAAAGGUCACAGCCUCUGGUGCUGGGGAGGUGGAUUCCAGUGACGCUUCCUCCCCUUGGCUGCCCACCAUCUCCAGGUAGCUGAAGGGGAGGAGGACUAGGCUGGUGGAACAGACUCUGCCCACCUCAGGGAGAGUCCCAGCCAGCCCCACAGGCAGAGCAACACAGCACCACCUGCCCUGGGGCCGCCCCACUACCAUAAAAAACCCGGACUUGCUGUCUGCAGCUGCCCCCAGCAUGAAGCUCACCUGGGACAUCAACGACCCUAAGCUGCCACAGGAGCCCAAGCACUUUGAUACCUUCCAGGAAUGGCCUGACGGCUAUGUGCGCUUCAUCUACUCCAGUGAGGAGAAAAAUGCACAGAGACACCUCAGUGGCUGGGCCAUGCGUAACACCAACAACCACAACUGCCAGAUCCUCAAGAAGUCCUGCCUGGGGGUGGUGGUUUGUGCCCGGAGCUGCUCAUUGCCCAGUGGUGCCCGGCUCCAGCUUCGCCCUGCAAUAUGUGACAAGGCUCGUCAGAAGCAACAAAAGAAAGCCUGCCCAAACUGUAAUUCUGCCCUUGAGCUGAUUCCUUGCCGAGGACACAGUGGCUACCCAGUCACUAACUUCUGGAGGCUUGAUGGCAAAGCAAUAUUUUUCCAGGCUAAAGGAGUCCAUGAUCACCCCAGGCCAGAGAGUAAAUUGGAGGCAGAGGCAAGACGAAGUGCAAUUAAGAAGCAAAUGUCCUCUUUCCACCAUGCCCAGAAAAAGAGACCUCUAAACUUAGAGGCAGGAAGGUACCACGAUGGCAGCGGUUACACCAACAACCUACAGAGUCUGUCCUGUAUGGAUGGUCCAGAAAGGGCUGGCAACAUCACAGACAGCAGUUUUCCAAUUCCAGCCCAGUCUUACCCUUCACUGCAAAAUACUGACCUCUACAAAGCACCUUAUGACUCAGCCAGCUUCCAAGAGGACCAGCUAAUGCCAUACCCUAAGUGCCCCAAUCCACGUAUCUACAUGCCCAAGCCAUGCAGCUAUGAGUUUGGAGUUCCUACCUUUAUAGGCUCCAGCCCUUAUUCAACAUUUUACAAAGAUUUUGCAAGUUCUCCUGUUGAUGCAGACCCCCUCACUUUAAAUGGCUCUCACUACAAUGCUGUGACCACCCAUGAUAAGAGCUUUGAUAAUCACAGCAGACAUUAUGGUCUGAAACCAGCUUGGGGGAAAUCUGGCACUGGAGACCGGAGCGACUAUGGACAGAUGCAAACAACCACUAGCCACCCUUACUACAGUGGGGACUAUGCCUGUAGGUAUGGUGCCAGCCCCUCUCCCAUAGCCCCACCACUGCAAACAGUCAUCACAACAACCACCAAGGUGUCCUACCAGGCCUACAAGCCAUCCACACUAAAAUACAGCGAUGACCUCUGUGACAUGAAAAAUCUGCAGAGCUAUACCCAUGUGGCAGAAAACAUCUCAGGUGCUGUCUAUUCAGGGAUGAAGAUACACGAAGACUUUGGGAUGAUAAAAUCAGCAUUACUCUACCAGCAUGACCCAGUCUCCACAAAGUCCAAACCGUCUGAGACUGUGGAGACCUAUCGGUAUGGGCCACUACCACUGGGGAACAGCUAUGCUGAGCAUGAAGGACAGACCUUACGGUUUGAGAGUGCUGAAUAUUGACUACAUGUUGCCUAAAUGGCAAAUACAUGCAAACUGGAAACACAUUCUCAUGCUUAUCAUGUGCCUGCUAAGCACAGUGACCUUGGAUUUGAGGAGAGGGUGAGGAAGCAGAAUAUCACAACAACUUACCCUCCAAAAGUGCCUAGUUGGAUCUGUGCUGAGUGAAAAACAUUUCUCAUAUUUCAAACCAGUCCCACUUAGUCUCUAAAAUGGCAUGAGGAGCUGAGCCCCAAACACACGUAGAAGCACAGCACCUCUGGAAGACAUUAACCUUUUGUAAUGGGGGUGUGAUCCACUUGUAGCCACAACUGACACACACCUCAAGCUCGGACAAAAAACGCCCUGCCUUGUAAGAAAGAAAAUGUGUACCAGGUAAUGCUAAAAAGGAAGGAAGGUGGCUAUGCAUUAUAGUCAACUGAAAGAAAUGAUGGAAAAAGAAAUAAAUGAAAGCAAGAUGAUGUGCAGAGUAAUUCACCUGAAUGGUCCAAUUGACCUGCCCAGUUGGGUUUUUCUGAACUGAGAAUGGAAGACAUCUACCUGCUGUCUUCACAUUGUUUUUUUCGAUGCCCCUGCACCAAGAGUACAGACUGUCCAGCUUUCCUAUGCAAGAAGCCCUGAUAUAGCCCCACUGCCACUGAAAACUGGCCUGCUGCAGGACUUGAUCUGAAGGUAAGAAGGCUCAGAUGUGUCCCACCAAACAGGCUCUGUACUGCAUGAGUGUCAUGGUUACAUACAUGAUCCUGAAAUCCAUUUGCAGUGAAGCCGCUUUGUGUCUGAAGAGGUCUGGCAAGCUGGGCAGACCAAUACUGCGCAGGUAUUGCUGCAGAAAUUUGCUUUAUCUAUGAGUACAACUCCAGCCUGUCUAAAACCACAACAUCCUCACUGCUUAGCAGUAUAGGUCAGCGCUGAAUGUUUCUUCCCUGGUUGCCUUUCUACACUACAUCUCCGUUAGAUCUUUCUCCUUCCUCCGAAGGACUUUUCCUAGUAAUUUUUCUCUCUAUAAUCAUAACUCCUUGUGACAUUGUUGUUAAUAAAAUCAUAGAAUGGUUUAAGUUGGAAGGGACCUUUAAAGGCUGUCUAGUCCAAUCUCCCUGCACUCAGCAGGAACAUCUGCAACUAGAUCGGGUUAAUCACAACCCAGUUUCAGUCCUGGAAUGCUUCCAUGGAUCAGGCAUGGAUUGCCCACCAUUCUGGGCAAUCUGUACCAGUGUUUCACUACCCUUAGUGUAAAAUACUGCAGUCAAAAUCUUCCCUCUUAGUUUAAAACCAUCACCCCUUGUCUUGUCACAACAGGCACUGCUAUGAAGUCAGUUCAAUCUUUCUCCUAGGCUCCUUAGUCUGCACUAAGGUCUCCUUGGAGCCUUCUCCAGGCUGAACCACCCCAACUCUCUCAGCCUUUCUUCACAGGAGAGGUGGUCCAGCCUUCUGAACAUUUUUUUUUACCUCCUCUAGAGAUACUCCAGCAGAUCCAUACUUUUCCUGUGCUGAAGACUCUAGACCUAGGACAUAGCAGUGCAGAUUGUGUCUAGCAAAGUGGAGUAGAGGGGCAGAAUCCCCUCCCUUGAUCUGCUGGUCACUUUUCUUUGGAUGCAGCCCAACAAAUUUCUCUUGGAAAUGAAGCAACCAAGGUCAGAAAACAAAAAUUUCAGAUAUCCUAAGCUAAACAAAAAAGAAAAAGCAUCUCCAUGAGGAUUUGCACCCCAAAAUUGUUAGCUCAUUAAGCUAACUACCUGUGGGGCAUGGUUAAGUGGUGGCCUGGCAGUGCCGGAUUAGUUAUUUGACCUAAUGAUUUUUAAAGAUCUCCUCAAAUGAAAACAAUUCUAUGAUUCUAAUUCUCCAUCGGGUCAGGAAGGAGAACAAUCACAGGAGCACUGCUGGAUUAAAACAGUAAUAUUGUGAAAGCUGCCUACAACCGGGGAAUGGAACCUUACCCAAAUUGUGUUUACUGAGCAAGAGUCAUGCAGACACAGGCAAAAUGAUUUUUUAUUAUUAUUGUUGUUACCAUGUACCUUUAACUUUUGGAACACUCAAAUAUUAAAAAAACUCUGUUUUAUGUAGAUUUUUGCUAUGUUUUGAGUAACUGUAUGCUACUGUAGCCUUUCAAUAAACAUGUGAAAUCACAGUUAAAA